AUGGCUUCCGCGGCGAAGCCGGGGCUUGACGAUUCCCGUCGCAGCAUGGGAUCUCCAAAGCUGCGAGGGCGAGGUACGUCUCAGCCGAGAGUCUUCAACUUCUUCUUUCUUCGGUCGAUGAUAUUGAUUUCGACGGAUGCCGAUGGAGACAAUGUAGCAACACAGGCUGACCCGUUGCGCUCCAUAGAGAAUGCGAAAGACACCCUAUGUCGCAAUGUCACUAUAUAUGGAAAAUGCCGAUAUGAAGACAAGGGAUGCGCAUUCAACCACGAUCCCCAGAAGCUUUACAAUAUGAAUCAAAACGACAGCAGAAAACGACUGAACGUCGACUCCCCGAGUUUCACCCCGGCCGUCCUCGGUGCCAACGGGUCGUCGCCGUCGAAGAAACCGAAUGCUAUAUCCCCCAAGGCCGCCAGUGCGGCCCCUUUUCUCCCCAAAGGCUCCGGCUCUAGCACACCCUCGGUGCGUGCAGACGCGGCGUCUCCCGAAUGGACUGUCGCCGAAGUGGCAGAUUUUGUGCCGCAAGGACUGGAUGCAUCGCAGGUGGUGAGUUUGGGUGUUUACUUUUCUUUCCCCGUGACUGCCUCUGGUCCCCAAGGCAGCCGCUCCCUCAGGGCCGAGGCCGACGAGUCGCCGACCAAUCUGGACGCUCGUGCUAUCUCGUUUGAGCCCCGCGCUGUUCGCUCGACGUCUCUCCCACUCGCACUCUCGCCGGGCUCUUCGUCCCUCGCUAGACGGUCUGACCGCUCGUCAUGUUUGCUGGAAAACCCAUUGUCUUUCCCCCCUCGCCCUCUUUCUUACCAGUCCCGGCGCGUUCCCAAAUACUAUCCAAAUUUUUUCCCUCUAGCAGACGUUGAGCCUGGCCCUGAUUUCUGGCGCGAGCGUGUCUUCUCUCAGACGGACGAUAUUCGCGGAACAAGCCGUUUCCCCCAGCCCGACUCCCCUCCCAGCCGCUUCUUUCGUUCAAUGUCUCCACAGCUAGUCCCAGAUGACCGUCCUGCUUGUCUUUCCUACGACUCUUUGGAAAGUCAUGACUCUUCUGACUCGCAAUUAACACAGGUAUCUCUGCAGGGCAACGGAAAUGGCGUGCUCAACCCAGCAGCCACCUAUGACCCAUUCGUAACGACCCCUGGUUCUUUAGCCGGCAACGGCGGCGUGACAUCCCACCCGGCCCAAGGAAACCCAUACUCUCACGACGCAGCCGCAGCAGUGGCUGCAUCCAUGGGAGGCGCUGCCUUCUUCUCCGGCCAAGCUGCCUUCCAGCAGCCAGUGCAAUACCAUCUUUACGCUCCCAUUGGGCCCCAUAGCCAGAAUAUUUCGACUUAUCAACGCAAUGUGCAUGAUCUCUUUUUACCAAAUGAUUUUAGGGAAGAACUGCAGAAAAAGACUGCCGCCACCCUGCAAACUUUACCAAACUCAUCCUUACCCGCGCAUGUUGACCAUUUUCAUUCACUCGUUCCUUUGGAUUUGUCUCAUCAGAAGAAUGCCACUACAUUUGGAUAUCCGAGCUGGGUUUACAAAGCGCAGUCGAGCAAGGAUGGCAAUUUCUACGUGCUGCGAAGACUCGAAGGCUAUCGAUUGACCAACGAGAAAGCAAUACGGGCGGUUCAGGCCUGGAAACGAAUCACGAAUGGCAGUGUUGUGACAGUGCAUGAUGCAUUCACAACACGCGUGUUUCAAGACAGCUCGCUGGUCUUUGUGAUGGACUAUCACCCCUUGUCCAAGACUCUGGCAGAGCAACACCUCGGCGCCGGAAACCGCUACCCAGGUCGCACUAACACACCUAUCCCUGAGCAAGUGCUGUGGGGCUAUGUAACACAGAUUGCGUCGGCGCUAAAGGCCAUCCACAACUGUGGGAUGGCAGCGAGAAUCAUCGAUGCGAGCAAGAUUAUUCUCACAGGCAAGAACCGGAUUCGUCUGAAUGCGUGCGCAAUCAUGGACGUGGUGCAGCAUGACACACAGCGGUCUGUUCAAGACCUGCAGCUCCAAGACCUGGUGAAUUUCGGGCAGCUGAUGCUCGCGCUUGGAGCAAGCGCAUCCACGGCGGUGGGCAGCCCGACAAAGUUGAUGGAGCAUUUCACUCGGGUGUAUAGUCCGCAGCUGAAAAACUCUGUGUUUUGGCUGCUGAACGGGAUGCAAAAGGACCAGGAGCGCAACAUUGAUAUCUUCAUCAGCGGGAUAUCGUCGCAGCUCAUCUCGACCUUUGACUCGUCGCUUCACAUGGACGACCAGCUGACAUCGGAUCUUGCACGGGAGCUGGAGAACGGACGGCUUGUGCGGCUGGUGACCAAGUUGAAUUUUGUCAACGAAAGACCGGAGUACGAGCACGACCGACAGUGGUCGGAGAACGGAGAGCGGUACUUUCUCAAGCUCUUCCGAGACUACGUGUUCCACCAGGUGGACGGACAGAACUCGCCGGUGGUGGAUCUAGGGCAUGUGCUGACGUGCCUCAACAAACUGGACGCGGGCACGGAUGAAAAGAUGACGCUGAUCAGCCGGGACGAGCAGAGCUGCUUUAUAGUGAGCUACAAGGAACUGAAGAAGGCGCUCGAGUCGUCGUUUCAAGCGCUGAUGAAGCCGGCGAGGCGGAUGCACUAG